AUGGGGCCUGGCUCUAUGUCGAAGCUACUGCUAGCGGCCGUCCAGCAAAACAAGUUCUUCAGCUGCCACACCUUCGUGGAGCAGGAAACGGACUCGCCGCUGCUGUCUCUCCCUCUUGAACUGAUAGCGAGUGCUGUGCGGGGCUCUAUGAGCUUCCUGCUGGACACCGGCAGCAGGCAGGCGGGAGAGGUGGAGGGUCCUCGGUCAGCAGCAGCAGCAGUAGCAGCGUCAGAGCAGGAAGAGGCAAGGCUUCUCAAGUCCCAAGUAUCUGAAGACCUCCGUACUUUCUUUGCGUCCGUCGGGGGGCUGCAGAGCCUCAUGCAGGACAUUGCUCCCGCAGUAUUCAGGGCAGGCGUCAGCGAGUCCGUUGACUUCCUGCUACGGCCUGAGGAGCUGUACGGAGAUCUCGGCUGCGUUGAAGAGGGGACGAGGCCCCUACGCGACGCCGCAGUGGCGUUGCUGGAAGACUGGCUGGCGCAGGGGCUGCUGGGGCCGGCCUUUCUGCUUCGCACCAUUUUCGCGGCGAGUGCCUCUUUAGAGAAGCUGGCAGCACAACCAGCAGCGGGCGCAGCAAAUGCAAGCGCAGCAGCAGUUGCAUCUGUGGCUGCAGCAGCGAGUUCCACCUACCUAUCCCAAGUCCAGGAGGCUGACGGGCUCCUAGCUCUUUUGGCUGCGUCGCUGCAGGGGGCUAUCCGUGCAUGUAUAUUUGAACCGGACCAGCAGGAGGAGCAGCAAGGGCAGCGACAGCCACUCGAGCAGCGGCGGCAGGUGGCUGUUCAGGUUCUAGGGGCCGACGGCGCUGCACCCUACGACUCUGCCGUCACGCAGCAGCAACUCCAGCAGAUACUGCAGCAAUUCAGUCAUCUGUCGCGCCUCUUACGAUGGCUUAUCACCACGGGUCCGUUUGCUGCUGCAGUGGCAGCAGCAGCAGCAAACAAAGAUCAAGAAGCAGCAGCAGCCCUUGCUAUUGUUGCUGCGCGCUGCUGCGCUGUGCUGAAGUUGUUGCUGCGAAUACAUUCCCGCGUAUCUCCAGCUGACUUCCGAGAGGCUCUAUCAGGCUUGGUGGAGGAGUUGCUUGUCCCACAGCCCCUUAUGAAAGUGCUGGUUAACCGUCACACUGCCUUGCAGCAGCAGAAAGUGCUGCUACAGCAGCAGCAGCAACAGCUUCAGCUGGAGCAGGUGCUAGUGCAGCUGCAAGCGACAGAAACCCUUGUGGAGACUGCGCUCACAGCUCCACUGUUCGAAGCCGUAACAAACUGCGUGCAAGUUGGGGCUCUAAGUGUGGCUAAGGCAAUGAUCAACCGUAGCGCUGAGCAGCAGGAGUUUCUGGAGCGAGGACAGGAGCAGGAGGCACAACAAGAACAACAUGGGCAGCUGAAAUUGCCAUAUAGGGAGCUGCAGAGACCUUUUCUGCUGCUUUUAGCGCAGAGCAACCGCAGUCUCUGGAGCAGCAGACUGUUGAAGAUGCUGCUGCUGCUGCAGUCAUGCGGCCGCGAGGAGCAGCAAGAGCAGCCCCUGCACGAUAGUUUCUUUGACUUCUCCGACCUGCCGAACUACGGCAACGUGGCGUAUCUGCGCCGCAUUAUUAUGCAGAGUGACAGCAGCAACAGCAGCACUAGCAGCAGCGGGGGCGAGCUCCGGUGCUCUCAAGUGUACGAGCAGCUGCUUCAUCAGUUCAAAGCAUACAGCAACAAUGAAGGACUACAGCUGCAGUUGCUCACAUUUUUGCAUGGCGCGCUGCUGAUGGGACGCCCAGAAGUGUCUUUACAUCUGCCUCCGGGGAUACUGCCCGUGCCAACCUUGCCCUUGGGGCUGUUAACUGCAGCUCUUCAGGCUUGCGGAUGGGCAAUGGGUGCUGGCUCCAAUCCAGACGGAUCUUAUUUUUUCUGGUUUCUCUCCCCGUUCAUGUCUCUCGCGCUGUCUUUGUCUGCCGCUCGUCUGCCCGCCCCUGCCGUGUCUACUGCAGCACCUACCAACGCAUUUCUCAUCAUGCGUCUGCCUUUCUAUCUGUCUUUCCGUCUGAUCUCCGCAGCCCCUGCAGAGCCAUCGGGAGCAUUGCAACGCUGCGGUUUCCGCAUGCUCAUUGGAGUCCUCAGAGCGGCGGACCCCCUGCGCCACUCGCAGGAGGAGGUAAUGCUGCUGCUGCAACUCAUACCAGCGAUCGCCGACCUGCGCCUGAAAGUCGCCGAACCACAGCGGCCGUUGCUGUUGCUCUGUUUGUUAGAGUCAACAGCUCUGUGCAUCGCUAUAGGGGCUGCUCCGCUGGCACCCCCCCAAAUACGGCAGAUGGCGGGCUCGCUCUUGCCCUUGUUAUAUUCCUCUGCAGAGACUCGGCUGGUCCAGAGCCCAUGCUUAGGUAAAGUGGUGCAGCAGCAGCUGAGCGCAUGCGCGAUGCUGGUCUUGCAGCUGCUGCUGCUGGAUCGCGGGGAUUGGCCCUUGCUGGAGAAAUUGUUGCAGCGGGCCUUGGCAGCUACAGCUUCGCGUGCACUGUUAAGUCUGGAGGGGGAGGGAGCGCAGGCAGUCUGUGGCAGUUUCCCUGUGCUGUGCUGCUGGGGCCUGCGGUACCCUCUUGCAUUUGUUGCUGCUGCUACAGCGGCGCUUGCGGCAACUGCAGCAGGGGUGAGGCAGGAGCUCAUGGGGCCGCUCAUGUUUGCAGCAGAAGAGGUGCAAAUCAACGAGCUACUCCUCAGGUUUGCUACUGCGAUGCUAUCCACCAAACGUGCCGCUUACUUUCGUCUCGUGGCCGUCGCGUUCGUAGCUCUCUCUGUGCGCAUUAUUUCACGUGCCUUAUCCUUCACGCCCUCGCUGGCUGCUGCGGGUGGAAGCAGUACCUGUACUUCCGAGCUGCUGAUGCAGAUCUCAGGGCUGCACAUGGAGCGGUGUGCGGCUACUCUCGAGGCCGCCGUCCAGCUCAUUGCAGGCGCUGCAGUGACUCACAGCAGCAGCAGCACGAAUAGUACACCACAGCAUUCACCUUCAGCUGGGGAGAGACGGGGAAAUCUAAUGGGGGACCCCGAAGCUUUGGUGUCUGCACACUUGGAGAGGCAGCUGCUGUCUCUGAGCGGCGAAGCAGCAUCCAGCGCUUCGGCUGCAGCGGCUGCGUUGCAGCAGCCAGCGUGCCCUCCGCCUGAAGUGAGGCGGUGUCUCGCGCUGUUGCAUAUCAGCCUUAGCGGGGCCUCUCUAAACAAAGACGACUGGAAGCAAGGCCUAGUCUGGUUGCUUGAGGAUGCCGUUAGCACGGCGAGAAGUUGUUUCGUGGCGCUGCGCUGCGUUUCUUCGGGAGCCCCCCUGGCGUACCCUGGAGGACCGGCUCAAGCGAAUUGCAUUCUAGAAAGGCCUCUCAGCGAGGCUCCUCUGGGCUUCCCUACUCCGGCCUCAGUUGCGGCGUGGAGCAAUCAUUUGAGUCCCGAAGCGCGGGAUGCCCUUGCUGUGCGCCUCAACGGCAUCUCGCAGAUGUGGGGGGAGUUCCAACAGUAG